GAAAAUGUGACAUCAAACAGGAACCAUAGGAAGGCUGACAAAUCAAGAUGGCGUCCAACGAUGAGGCAGGAAAGAGAUUUCGAUUCCAGUAAAAACGUACUUCUAUCUAGAGAAAGUUUAAAAACAUUAUUUUUUGCCGGGGGGUGUAAAUACGUUUUUGGAGACGCAAGACGGAGCAGAUACUGACUCUAAAUGGCUGCGAGGAAGUCUGAUACCCACAACAAUGGACCCAUUAGCUACCUUGAUGACGUUCCCUUCAAAAUCAACGAUAAGUUCCGCUGCCCUGCCAAAGUGGGGCUUCCCGUUGGCAUCUCCCUGCCUGACUGUGACACUCUGCUCGCCAAUCUGCAGUAUGAUUUCUCCCUGGAGAGGCGGAGCGUGCGCUGGGGGGCGGAGCUGGCUGAGGCCCGGGCUGCAGAGGUGGCCAGGGCGGAGCUAGAGAGCAGGGAGCACUCGCCCCCUGCCCAGGACCCUGACGGGGGAUCGGCCUGCGGGGGGAAGAGACCAUGCCCUGCCGAGGAGCAGGACGCUCUCCCGCCCGCAAUGAACCCGCUGAUGGCCAGCUUGCGCCACAAUGCUAUUCUCACCCCUCUGCCUGCACCAGCCAGGCAGACCGCUCCCAGCAUCCCGACCCCACAGUACCUUAACCUGGCUGACUUUGAGCGCGAGGAGGACCCCUUCGACAAGCUGGAGCUCAAGACACUGGACGAUAGGGAGGAGCUGCGCAACAUCCUCCAGAGCCAGCCCCAGCCACAGACUCCAUCCCCGCCUGAGGCACCCCAACUCAGGCCAGCAUCUCGAGGCAGCACCCCUCCACCCCAGCUCCCCGCCACCAGCCUUCCAGCCAAAACGGUCUUUGCCCACAAAGCCAACGGGCUUGUGGUGCUACAGGACAUGGACAGGGCCGGGGAUCUGGCUCGGGGACAGACAAUGGACCCUGACCGGCCCUGCAACAUCCGCUCGCUGACCUUCCCCAAGCUGUCAGACCCCGGGGACUCAACCUUUGACUCCUACUGUCUGGCCCCUGUACCACGUAGCCUACCCAACGGCAGCCCGCCGGCACCCCAGCAGAAGAGAGAGGAGCCACCCAGUCAUACCCAACAAACCCAAAAUGGGGCACCAAAGCAGAUAAAUGCAGGUCCUCCCCCUCUCCCGUGCAGCGGGGCACUGCUCAGCCUGUCCCCCAGUGAACGGCAAUGUGUGGAGACCAUAGUGUCCAUGGGCUACUCUUACGAAGGGGUCCUGCGGGCCAUGCAGAGGCGAGGCCAGAACGUGGAGCAGGUGCUGGAGUACCUGUUUACUCACGCGCGUCUUUGUGAGCGGGGAUUUGAUCCUAGUGCCAUAGAGGAGUGCUUAGAUAUGUUCCAGAACUCUGAAGAGAAGGCCUUGGAGUUCCUAUCGCUGAUGACGCGGUUCUGUGAGAUGGGCUUUGAGAAGGACACCAUCAAGGAGGUGCUGCUGCUGCACAACAACGACCAGGACAAGGCUCUGGAGGACCUCAUGUCCCAUGCCUCAGCCAGUUGAGCCCCCCAACCGUCCACCCUCCAGCCCCAGGCUUGCUUCCUCCCAGUACCACCCGCCCCUCCACCCCUAAACACACACAGUCCCCAUGCCCCAACCUAGUUACAGCACAGAGGGGAGAACUCCCACCCCACCCAAUGUAGCUAUGACGUCCGUUCAUGACCCCACUCUGGCCCACUCACACACAGUGACUCCAAAAGAGAGACUCCAAGAAAUAUAGUGAACACAUACACUUCCAUAAGUGAGAAAUAAGACCUUGUGUUCCUAGAGUGUGGGGCAGUGGGCAAAUGUACACAAAUGAACACCUGCGAAUUGAGGGGGUUAGUUUAUGCUGACCACAUGCCCGUUUUACCUUGUCUGUCGAUCACUGUGUGUGUGUGCGCCAUGGUGGUUUGAAGGAGGCUUGAACUUCCCAUAAGAGCAUAUAGAGGUGACCCGAUGCUGGACAGCACUUUGGUGGUGUGCAGUGACUCUGUGGGUGGGACAUGGGGGGGACAAAGGACCAAUGGACCCAGAACUGUGAGGAACCACUAGCCAGGCUCUACUUUCUACAGAUUAACAGUGAACACUGACACUCCCAGCUAACUAAGCUGCCAUCAUCUGCUAUUUAGAGCAGGCCUACAAAAUGGUGGAGGGGAGGGGAUGCCAAGCGGCCCAUGUGUGACUUACUGACCGACCGGCGGCAGAACCUAAAAACGCAAAUAAAUGCGCAUCAUUGCAGAACAGAGAACUGACUCCAAGAAGUGCCCUAUUCCUGCAACUGGCUUUCACAGAUCCCAUAUUUUCUAUGCUGUUACUUUGCUUGUUCAUUUGUCUCUGUUAGAAAGGACACACAUUCAUUUUAUUUUUUUCUUGGUGUCCUUUUUUUUUGUUGAGAUUCUCUUUCUUUGCUUUCUGUUUUAGGAAGUGCAUUAACAGUAGUUAACUGUUCCUACUGCCUCCUGCACUGGAACAGACUGCAAGGCCAGUGGAGAAGAGAUUGUCAAUUAUUUUGCAGGAAAUAUAAAACAUGUCCAAAUGCAUACAAGCACCCAAUGGCACAGAGAUGUGACAAACUGCACAGACACACACACUAACAUUAGAUAUUGACUUAUUUAAAAAGUACAGUGAUAUUUAUUAAUAAUGAGAUCAAUAUGAAGAAAAAAUUAUAAGCAAGCAAAAUUAUGGUGCUUUGAAACAGUCCCUAUUGGGGUCGGUAGACUGGACAGAGAGACGAGAGAAAUUGAAAUGCUAGUUUUAGGUUGUUCUGCAACCAAAACUUUUGUGCAAUAGAUGUUUUAUGGGACAGAUGGGCACCUUUUUCAGACCCAGUGGACUUUUGGCAUCCCUGAGCAAUGGGCAAAUCCCAAAAUGACGGAUGGCCUUUGCUGGAGACACGCUCACUGGAGGAGGAAAUUGGUAGAAGAAAAUAUUUGAUUUUGUUGUUUGCGGUCAUUACUCCCCUCAUUUAUUGGAGUUCGUGUUUCACUAUCAACUAUGAGUAGUGUUUGUCUGACUCGUCACACAUUCAUGCUGGUCUGAAUGUGUUUUGCCUCCCCCAUGUGUCAUGCAUAGGAAUCUUCCAAGAACAGGUCAGAAGAUUAAACAUCUUACCAGUUAGAUAUGAACCAAAUUCAUUAUGGUGAUAUUUUAUGUUCUAAUUGUACUUCAUUGUAGCUAUGUUUUCACCUUGCAUCGACCCUUUUGACUACUGAUCUGUGUGUAUGAGUCUACAGGUAUUUUUGAAGUGCCAUGAUGAUGCUCUCCAUUUCAUGUGUGAAUCUUGCACCGAAAAGUAUCUCUGCCCUUUCCCAACCAAGCAGCCAGUCGAUCCACGCUUCAAGAUUACUUUUUGAAGAUGACAAAAGAUUUCUUUAAAAUACAACAGUCUUGAUCGUGCUCUGGUAAUUAAGGGGAGAUCUCUUUUAUAGAAUUCAACUGUCUCGAUCUCCUCUGUUAAUCAUGGGGAGAUCUCUUUAGAAUGCAUUCUUGAUCUUCGGGUAAUCAAGUGGAUCUUGUGACAUUAUGAGAUGGACUGAAAAGCAGUACAUAGGAACGCGACUGAAAAUUGGCACUUCGCUCAGAGGUUGUAUCUAGUUCUGCCAUCAAGACGUGAAUGAACAAUUGUUACAGGUUGACAAAAAUCACGUCGGCCUAUUAUAAGAAGAAUCUGGCAUUGAGGACAUAUGUAGAGUUUGAUCUUUCUAUUGAUUGUAUGUUGCCAAUACAUAUAUGACUGUGUGUGCCCCUUAACCCAGAAGGAUCCACUUGCCUGCAGAUACUAAAACACCCCAGAUCCCAUUAUGCGUUAUUAGACUGUGAGCAUAGCGUCUAAACGCCAGGCCACCUCCAGACUUUGCUCUGAACUAAAGGUGAACUUCAGCCUCCUGAUAACUUGUACAUUUCCUUUGAACACGACAGACUUCUUUGGGGAGGGGGGCACAAGAAGCCAAGCCACAUAGAACACGUUGGUGGUUGAGAGAACAAUAAGUGCUAGCCUUCUUUUUUUUUUUUCAUUGUGGACAUGAUUGGGUCUAAUCCUAACUUUUUUUUUUUACAGUUUUUUUUGUGAGUCACAUGAGAGACUUGGGAAGGGCUGAUCUGAUAUGACGAUUCUGGAGUUUGAUGUCUUAAUGAUAUGUGGUGUUCCUGGUAGCUCCUGAAAGUUUUUAUGUAAAGAAAUAAUAAUAAUCUGUAACCUCCUGAAUCAUUUGGCAGUUCUUCAAUGUGAUUAAACAUGCACAUCUUUUCAAUGGUGUGGCUGUUACUAUUGA